UAUGGUAACGGUCAAGAAAUCAUGUAAGAGCGAGAGUGCGAGAGACAGUCAUCGGCUUCAGCCUUCUAGCAACCACGAGAAUUUUCAGAGAACAAAGGAGAGAAAGCUAAGGGUAGAAAUGAGAUUUCACGCAUCAACAAUUUCUAGGGUUUCUCAAUUCAAAAACAGAGCUCCACUUUCGUAUCAAUCCUCCUCUCAGCGUCGAAAACGGUGUAAUUUUGGAAUAGCAUUUGAUAUCGACGGCGUCAUUCUUCGUGGCCGUGUUCCCAUUGGAGGUUCUCCACGAGCUCUGAGAAGAUUGUACGGAGAUUCUGGUGAAUUGAAUGUUCCAUACUUGUUCUUAACUAAUGGAGGUGGCAUCCCGGAAACGAAGCGAGCCAAGGAGUUAAGUGAACUUUUGGGAGUGAAUAUUAUGUUUUCUCAGGUUGUACAAGGUCACUCACCUUUUAGAAAUUUAUUGAAGAAAUUUGAGAAUGAACUCAUUAUUGCCACUGGAAAAGGGGACCCCACGUUGGUGAUGUCUGAGUAUGGUUUCAAAAAAGUUGUGUCAUUGGAAGAAUAUGCAUCUUACUUUGAGAGCAUUGAUCCUGUAUCUCAAUAUAAGAGAUGGACAACUAUGCCACUGUCAGAUAGGAAGAUGCCAACAUUGCCAAGAUGUGAUGUUUCCUCAGAGAGGAUUAAGGCAGUAUUUGUUGUCAGUGAUCCUGUAGACUGGGGCAGGGACAUUCAGGUGCUAUGUGAUGUUUUAAGAUCUGGAGGCCUCCACAGAGAAGCAAAUAGAAACCAACCCCCUUUAUAUUUUGCUGCUGAUGAUCUUGAAUAUCAGGCUGCCUUUCCUUCUAAGCGUCUUGGAAUGGGUGCUUUUAGAAUUGCACUGGAAAGCAUCUUCAACAGAAUCAAUCCCAAAGGUCUGGAGUACGUAUCUUAUGGGAAACCAAAUCCAUUUGUAUUCAAGAAUGCUGAAGCAAUAUUGAACCAACUUCAGUCAUCUUUGUGUCUAGAUCAUUCGGAGAACAAUGGAGUCCCCAGAUCACAUCCGUUUAAAACACUUUACAUGAUUGGUGAUAAUCCUUCAGUUGAUGUCAAAGGUGCACAACAGGCAGGCCGUCCUUGGUUUUCUAUUUUGACAAGGACAGGUGUUUUCCGAACAAAAGAUAAUCAUGCCGAAUUCCCAGCAGACCUGGUUGUUGAUACGGUUGAGGAGGCAGUGGACUAUAUUUUGAAAAGAGAGUGUAUGUCUUAGAAUCAGCCCUUUUUCGAAGUGAUUAUUCAUUUUCUCAUUUGAGACAUUCUUUUGACAUAAUGGACGCUAAUGCCAUGACCAAAUUUAGAGGUUUUUUGAAUGCCAAAUAUAAAUUCCACCAUUGUUUAGUCUUCUUUCCAUUCUGCUCUACUUCUCUAUUGAACGUGG